AAGAACAGAGGCUGCUUUUCAAGCUCAUGUUGCUGCUCCUUGGUACAUAGCUGCUCUGAAUGAGCAAACUCCACAGGAAAGAUGAAAUUUGAGGAUCUCUUGCUGGAAAUUGGGGGCUUCGGCAGAUUCCAGAUUUUGAUUUUGGCUAUCCUCUGCCUCCCAAGAAUCAACCUUCCCAUGCAUUUCCUGCUGCACAAUUUUCUUGCUGCUACCCCUUCUCAUCACUGUGCAAUUCCACACCACGAUGCAUUUGUGAAUCUCACCAUGGAGGAAGUUCUGCUCAUCAGCAUUCCUCGGAAGCCUGAUGGCACUUUCAGCUCCUGUGAGAUGUUCUCACAGCCUCAGUUUCACCUGCUGCUCAACUCCUCUCUGCAACCAGAAACCAAAUCCAUCAUCCAGCCCUGUCAGCACGGAUGGGUCUAUGACCACUCGCAGUUCACCUCCACCAUCUCCACACAGUGGGACCUCGUGUGCGAGCACCGUGGGAUGAACCAGGCAACAGCAACCUUCUUCUUCAUCGGCGUCACGAUGGGGGCCAUGGUGUUCGGGUACCUUUCCGACAGGUUCGGACGGAAGACCAUGCUCCAGCUGUCCCUCCUGUGCUCCGUGGUUUUUGGGAUGCUGAGCGCCGCCUCCGUGUCCUACACAAUGCUGGCCAUCACACGGACCCUCACUGGGGUGGCCCUGAGUGGCCUCUCCCUGAUUGUCCUGCCUUUGGGGAUGGAAUGGGUGGACAUCCAGCACCGCACCUUCACCGGGAUCCUGUCCAGCAUCUUCUGGAGCGUUGGGAACAUGCUGCUGGCCCUGGCAGCGUACUUGGUGCGGGAAUGGCAUUGGCUGCUGGUGGCAGUGACAGGACCUUGUCUCCUGAGCAUCGUCUCCCUGUGGUGGGUCCCAGAGUCUGCCCGGUGGCUCAUAGCCAAGGGCAAAGUGAAAGAAGCCCACAGGCACCUGCUCAGAUGUGCAAGAAUGAAUGGAAGGAAAGACUUUGCUGUCUCAACAGAGGCCCUCACAAGGAUGGCAACAGACAAAAACAUGGGAGGGAGUUACUCCUACAUCAGCUUGUUCAGGACUCCAGUCCUGAGGAAGAUCUCUCUGUGUUCUGGUGUGGUGUGGUUUGGUGUUGCCUUCUCUUAUUAUGGCAUGAGCAUGAACCUGACUGGCUUUGGGCUCAGCAUCUACCUCUCCCAGUUUGUCUUCGGGGUCAUUGAGAUUCCAGCCAAGAUGGUCAUGUAUGUGCUGGUGAACCGAAUUGGCCGGCGGCAGAGCCAGGCGUGGACACUCAUCCUGACCGGACUCUGCAUAGGAGCCAACAUCAUCAUUCCCAAGCCCUUCACCUCCCUGCGUUCAGUAGUGGCCAUUAUGGGCAAGGGUUUCUCAGAAGCUGCCUUCACCACCGUCUUCUUGUACACCUCAGAGCUCUACCCCACCAUUCUGAGGCAGAAUGGGAUGGGGUACACCUCCUUCAUGGCACGCCUGGGAGGGGCCCUGGCCCCGCUGGUGUUCCUGCUGGACGAGGUGUGGUGGUCCCUGCCCGAGGUGACAUACUGCGGUGUCGCAGUGUGCAGCGGCGCCGUGGCCUUUCUGCUCCCGGAGACGCUCAAUGUGCACCUUCCCGAGGGCAUCGAGGACGUCGAGAAGCCACAAGUAAAAGUGCCACCAGAAGUCAGUGCUCCCGAGGGCAUGCCGCUGCAGGCUCUCCUGAAGUGA